AAACAAGUCAUCAUCACCAAACAUCUUGCACUUGACAAGCUGCUUUCCUCUUCGCCUACCUUCUCACUGCACGGGGACAUCUCUCUUCCUGCCUACGAUAACAAGAAACAAGUUCGGUGGAAGGAGAGUUAUUGGAUCUGAAUCCAGCAGCUUGCACUGCAUUCAAGGUGUGAAUUAGUUAAAGACAAGUGUGGUUGUGGUGGAACGCGCACUGGUAGUGGGAAAAAACCUUGCGCUUUCGAAUCGAGUCAUCUGGGAAGUGAGAACUUAAAAGUAGUUACUGGAAAUAAACGUAGCUGAAACAGGUGUGAGUGUUGCAGUGAUGGAGUGGCGUCAACAGUCUGCCGUCAGCUGUGAGCUCGCGUUCCAUGAGGCGCAGAGAUGGCUCGAGGAAGUGACCAGAAAUCGUUUUGGAAACAAAACCUUUCGGGAGGCCUUAGAGGAUGGGAUCCUUCUGUGCGAUCUAAUCAACACACUUAAGCCAGGAAUCAUCAAGAGAGUAAACAGGCUCACCACUCCCAUCGCAGGCUUGGAUAAUGUGAAUGUGUUUCUCAAGGCAUGUGAGAAACUAGGUCUCAACGAAGCUCAGCUCUUCCAUCCUGGAGAUCUGCAGGAUGUGUCCAGCCGCGUGACUGUCAGGCGUGAAGAGACCAGCAGGAGACUGAAAAAUGUUUUGAUCACCAUAUACUGGUUGGGGAGGAAGGCCCAGGCUGACCCUUUUUACACUGGACCACAGCUAAACCUGAAAGCAUUUGAAGGUUUGCUGGGCAUAGCAUUAUCCAAGGCUCUAGAGGAGUCUGUGCACUGUAAGUCGAGUGUAAGGGACAGUGGCUACGCAGAGGGCUGGUUCUCUGACAGGGAGGAUCUGUUCAGUCUGAAGCAGCAGGGCUACAGGAGAGAAGACUCCGUUGAGAGCCUGGACUCGGUGGAGUCACGCACACUCAGUUUUGCAUCAGACAGCACUCUCAGAGCUGGCAGUGAAGGUUGCUUUAGUGACGCAGAAGCAGAACAUUGCUUCAGGAUGGCUGAUGGCAGUAAGAGUGAUUUCCAAAACAGAGAGAGGAUGCACAUCCCGUCUGCUCUGAGAAAGAAGAGGGUGGAGCACCAGGAGGGCAGGGGUUGUACAGGUCCCCUUGUUAGAUUGCCCAUAAGACGAUCCCGUUACAUUGGGAGCAAAUCAAUGGGUGACAUUGCACUAGAGCCCAUACCACAGGAAUCUGACAACUGCUCCAACUUGGACCUACUGGGGUCACGACAUGUUCACCAGAGAUCUGUUGGGGAGCUGACCCCCAUGCAGGGGGUUCAACAGGAGCAGUUACAGGGCAUCCGAGUCAGAAUGAAGGAAAAUGAAGCCAAGUGGCACGAAGACCUGAGUAGGUGGAAGAGCCGUCGACGGAGCACAAACUCUGACCUCCACAGGAAGCGAGAGGAGAGGGAGCAAAUUGAGCUCAGUACCAGCUGGGGAGGGACCAGUGCUGUCAAGACUGCACAGCUCUUUGGGGUGCCAGAGGAGAGUGCACAUGAGACCACUGGCUGCCACAUGCUUGCCACACAGGUGCAGCCUUACACCAGAGCAACAGACCCCUCCUACACCAAGUGCAUCUCCAGUAGAUCCCUGUCCAGUCUGCAUCCUUCAGCCCCGGGAGAGAGGACCCACCUGGGCUCUCUCACCACAGAACAGGCAUUCAUACCUGUUGCUGGUUCUUCACUCUCUUCCAGCUCCAACAUGCCUGGACCCAUGAGCAAUGCUGGGUCCAGUAUGACCAGCACGGGGCAAACAGGGUGGUCCACUACCUCUGCUUCACCCCUCACAGAUGGCAUGUCUUCUGCUCUGACCAGUGGCACUAAUGCAGAGAUGCCUGACACAGCCCAAAUGAGCACCGGUGAAUUCUUCAGCCCACCAGCAGCUGCUGGACCAGAGCAAAGUUCACCCACCAGUCUGACCUUCUUGGAUCCAGAGCAGCAGGGUCCAGACUUGCACCGUCGUGGCACCCUGCUGGAGAACUUUUACGCAGGGGGAGCGCGGAUGUCUGCUACUCUUCCUAGAGGUUUCAGAAGGUCAGAAGGUUGUUCACGGCUCUCAACAGGUGUCACACCCCGGCCGUUUGGAGCCAAACCCUCCAAAGUGUCCUUAUUACCUAGAGUGUAUGCCAUGGAUGACUCUCAUACAAGUCUGAUGAGUGGGCAGAGAGACCAGUCCCUGAUCCCCUCUUUCCUCAGUGGUCAAGGAAAGCUCACAGCCUCCGCAGACAUGGGCCACUCUCAUUUAAGCAAUCAUCCAAUCCAUACUAAGAAAGAGGAGGAUAGGGAGGAGAGAAGAGAUGGAAGGUCUUCAGCACCUCCCAUUCAGUCUUUUGUCUCUAAAGUGACUGUUGCCUCUUCUCUUAAGCAAUCUCCUGUUGCCUCAGAAAUCAAGGAUGUUAAGGUGGGUCAAAGUGAAAUACGAGUCUGCUUGAAUCAGAAGCCCAAUAGUGGGAGAGACUUUGGAUUUCAGGCUCACUGGGACUCAACUGGUGCUCGUGUCAAAUCUGUCCAAGCAGGAAGCCCAGCAGAGCAGUGUGGUCUGCGGAUGGGUGAUGAGAUUGUGGCGCUGGGCGGCUGCAGGGUGGAUAAUAUGAAUUAUGAGCAGUUUAAAGGCAGUAUGGACACAGCCCAACAAAAGGGCUCUUUACUGAUGGACAUCCGACGCCACGGCCAGAAUGACUGGGGCAUUGGCCACCCUUCCCUCCCGUACAAGAGCCAUAAGACCAUCAAUUUGACCAGUGCCAAUUCAACACUUGUAGGGCGACCCGAGCACUACGUGUCUAUCAGCACAAACUCAAACUCACCAGCAGAGACCAUGGCGAAGACACGGGUCAAUGGACAGCCUGCUAAUGGAGUGCCAUCUAAAAUGGUGAAUGUAAGUUUCCGGGACAAUCCUGUUGCUUUAAGAAACAAAGACUAUGAACUUAUAGCUUUGAAAAAUCAUAGGAGGAAGUUAGAAUUUUUCAAGAAAAGAGGAGGCUCAGAGUCUGACAUCUCUGAUCUGCAGGUUCCUUCCAUCAGUGCCUCCUCCUCUCGCUGGUCAUGGGAUCAUGAAGAGGAGAGGAGGCGGCAGGAGAAAUGGCAGAUGGAGCAAGAGCUCCUCCUGCAGGAGAAGUACCGUCGUGAUCAGGAGAAGUUGGAGGAGGAGUGGAGGAGAGCUCAGCAGGAGGUUUUUGGAGAGGAACUCAGGGGUCCUGAGGAGCAGAAAACCCAUGAUGUUAUGUCAAAUGGAAAUGCAGCACCUUAUAUUCCACCUCCCUUCAACCAGUCCACUGCUCCCACUUCAGUGGCACCCAGUCAGCAUACAGAGAAGGUGGGGAUAACACAGAACAGACAGAACACUUUGCAAAUAGCAGCAGGACACCAUUCACAGAAGGCAGAAACAGAGUGUGAUUCAACAACAAAGAAUCAGUGGACAAAGUCAAAGUCAACCCCUACACUUGAAGGCCUUCACAAACAAGAUGCAAAAGGAAGCGGUAAGUUGAAGGGGCAGCUGUCGCAGGCAGAAAACGAACGUCUGCAGAUUCUGGAAGAGAUGAGGAAGAAGACACCGCUCCUCACAGACAGCAGCUGGAUCCGUCAGCGCAGUACCAGCAUCAACAAAGAGCCCAUCACAUUGGGAACAUCAAUCAGAAGAUUUGAGUCUAUGGACAACCUUCACACAAGUAACUCUUGGUCCAGGCAGUCUUACACUUCAGGUAUCGCAAGCAGACCUCACUCUGCAAUGGGCAGCACUACUGUCACUUACAGAAGUGGACGCAGCAGCCUGGGCCCUGGCUCAGCCAUCUUUUCUACUGGUCUGAAACAGAGCUCUUUUUUUGCCUCCAACUCUCCCACUCCACCAAUCACAGCUUCUACUGAGCUGUCGGUCCCAGAGUCACGACCCAACUCUCAGCAGCGUGGCAGGCUUGUCAGUGGCAGGCGGAUGUGCUCGAGGUGUGAGCAGCCACUGGGGAAGGGAGCUGCCAUGGUCAUCGACUCCCUGGAGCUCUGUUUUCACAUUGGUUGCUUCAAGUGUGUCAGCUGCAGGACUGACCUUGGGAGAGGAGCUGAGUCCGGAGCUCAGGUCAGAGUCCGACACAGACAGCUCUUCUGUAACAACUGCUACAGUAGACUCCGAGUCUGUUCCACCAUCUCCAAAUGACCAGAAUGCAUUGCAUCAAAUUGAAGAGGAGUAUACCACAGAAAGUCCCGCAGGAAUUGCAACUAUUACCACAACCUAACCACCGCAACAUGCCUUAUCCACUGCUUCACUCUCAGCUAGACUUUUGACAAUCAAUAAAUUGAGACUCCUAUAUCUGUAAUUGUUCUAAUACCGUGACUUCUCCAUAGUGAAAUGUUAGAACAUGUUAUUUUGGCCACCACAUCAUUACUGCAACCCCUGAGGUUGUUUCUGUACUGGCUAACACCCAUGUUGAGAUGUAAUAUGAAGUAGUGCAGAAGAGUUGUGCAUUCCAUGUGGCAUUAGUGGCAAGUAAUAGCAUGUCUAAUGUGUCUCAAGAUUCCUAAGAUCUGUUUUAUAUGUUCUUUUUUUUCUUAUGUAAUUCUAUUCUCAGAAAUCAUUUAAAUUUAGCACACAUGAUGUUCUCUUAUUUCUAUAAUACUGUAUAAGCUUUGCUCUCUCUCAGAUUUAUCAUAUUUAAUAAAUGUCUAGCACAC